AUGUCAGCAGACACUCGCCCAAUAUCCCCAACCCAGUUCGCCUCCGCCCUCCGCGACCUCUCCCUCCCAACCCUCCACCUCAAAGCUCUCGAGAUCCGCAACUCCAUCCUCCAUCUCGAAUACUCAAACGCCCAGCUCGCCCCCUACGCCGCCGGUGACGCAACCACCCUCGACUCCGCCACCGACGCCUCGGCGGGGCGCCCGGACCCGACCUGUGUAGAAGCCAUACGUGAAAACGACGUCGUCAUCACGCGCAUGCGCGAGCGCGUCCAAAUCAUUCGCGACGAGGUCGAGGGGCGCGGACACUCAUGGAAUGAGUUCAAGAGUAAAGAAGAGGUCGAGGAGGAGGAGGGGCGGUCAGGGGCCGCCUUGCGGGGCAUCACCAGCGAGUCUAUAACCGGUGCCAAUGGCGUUAACGGGAACGGGAUUCCGGCCACAAACGGGCUCGGCGCAGCGGCGGCGGAGGAGAAUAGGAUUGCUGCUGGACAUCAGGGCGCGGCGGCGGCGACCAACGGCGGCUCGUCGACUACGACGACCUCGUCACACCCCGCAUGGAUGGACGGUACAUUCCAGAUGGGCACAAUACGCAACGGCGUGAUUACGAUGGACGACCGACCUGAGCAGCCCGCCCAGGCCGCUCAACAAGCAAAUGGCACGGGCGGUCGGCUGACGGACGAAGAGCUACGGCAGGCCAUGGAGGAGCGAAUGAGAGGUCUUGGCGAUGACGACGAGGACGGUGGAAUGCACCUGUGA